CGUCCGCCGUCCGCCAUACACCUUGCCGGCCGCCGCUGCAACUCCAUCCCAGGCGCCUUGCAAUUUGAAGUGUGCGUUGUCCGAUGGAGGAUUUGGGGAUAAACUGAGCGGUCCUAUUUGGACUUCCCAAUGCAUCUCUAGCGGUCGUCCAUGGCUGAGUACAGGGUCGAAACCCUAGGUCGGCGUUAAUGUGUUCCGUUGGACCCCACCCUACGGUGGAAUCAAUCUCCUUUCCUUCCAGUUUGGGAGGGUUUACCAGUUCACUUGUUUGGAACAACUGCUGAAGGCGGAUGCUGCCACCAUUAAUUUGACAAAACCUUAGGUCGCUCCGUGUUUGUGUUGAACUGGAUGUAACCAAGGAGCUCCCACGCUCGCCGUUUGGAUCCCAUCUAGGUCAAUUCUCUCUUCUCCAGCCCAUGUACUAUGAUGACCUUCCGGAUUUUUGCAGAAAAUAUGGUCACAGAAGCUCAUGUACCUACUGUGAGUUUGAAUGUUACACCUGUUUCUAAUAUACAUACAGAUAAUGUUGUUUCAUCUAUUGCUGAAAAGGAAAAUGAUCUGCCCAGUGCCCUGAUUCAGUCCCUGGAGAUGAAGAAACUUUAAUUGCUGACUCCUCUCAAAUGAGGCUGAAAAGAUUCUUCCCCUAAGGUAGGUGCAGUUGUAAUUGUACCAAAAUAACCAAAUGGGCCUUUUAGUCUGUUGGAAGGCUUGCCAAACUCUGUUGUUGCCCAAAAAAGUUUUGUCCCAAACUUUGCUGAAUUAUGCCAGAAUGUAGCUGUUGCAACGGGUUCCAUUCUGGAUAGCACACCAAGGAGCCAUUCACCGAAGUGUACCCAGGCAUCUCUCCACCACAAUUUUUUUCUUUCAGUAAAUAAAAAUGCAAAGUGUUGAUUUGGAUGAGUGUUUUUUGGUUUCGUUUAUACUGCUAUACUUUCCAUUGCUAUCAUGCACCUCUCAAUGGGAUUUGGUUUGAUCCUCUUCUUUAUUGUACUCUUGUUUUUAUAUAAAAAAUCAGUUUGUCUAGAAAAGAAGUUGGACUAAAAAUUAAAUGCAUACCAGGACAUAGACAUUGUUUGUUGGCAUUUUAUAGUAUUUUUUGGUAUUAUAUGUUGACAUACUUGGCAUUAUAAGUCAUAUUUUAGCAUAAAAAUAUUGAAAAUCCUUUUUUGGCAUCAUGUAUGAUAGAGUAUUUUUUUAGCCAUAUUUUGGUAGUGUUUUUUUUUUCAAUUUUUAGUAUUUGGUGUAAUUUUAGAUAUAUAUCAAUGUCAAAGUUUGAUUCAUUUUUGGCACAGAGGAAUAAUAAUAAUAAAUCUAUGAAGGAGUAAUAGUGUAAUAGGUUUCUAAGUUCCGUAGUUUAUUUUUUCUCCUUAUAAAACUGGGCCAUGCAAAGUCAGACUAAUAAAACAAAACUCUAUUUUGGCUUGAUACCUUCGUUCGGCUGGAGCAGGAUCUGGAGGAUAGAUCUCAACGUGUGUCCUUCAACACAGCCACGCAGCACUUCCCCUUCCUCUUUACUGCCGUGUGCUGACCGUAGGUUGUUCUAUCUCUCUCUCUUUCUCUCUGGUUGUUGCCGCCGGAAACAAUGGAGGAUAAGCAGAACCCAGAGAUUGAAACCCCAACUAACAUUACAAUCAAAGGCAUUAUUGGGCUGUUAUUAGAGACAGUGAAAAGUGAUGAUGGAAAAAAGGUAAUAUCAUUGGGGAUGGGUGACCCCACAGUUUAUUCUUGCUUCACCUCCCCGCCUCUUGCCCAUCAAGCUGUUGCAGAGACCCUCUGUUCCUACAAGUUCAACGGCUACUCUCCCACCGUCGGCCUUCCUCAAACCCGAAAGGCGAUAGCAGAUUACUUGUCCGGAGACCUGCCGGAAAGGGUGUCGGCCGAUGACGUUUAUGUGACGGCCGGCUGCACUCAGGCCAUUGACACGGCUCUGUCGGUACUGGCUUUCCCGGGAGCUAACAUUUUGCUCCCGCGCCCGGGGUUCCCAAUUUAUGCGCUCUCUGCUGCUUUUAGACACGUUGAAGUUAGAUAUUUCGAUCUUCUGCCGGAAAAAGGAUGGGCGGUCGAUCUGAACGCCGUAGAAUCGCUAGCUGAUAAGAACACAGUUGCAAUGGCGGUCAUAAACCCCGGGAAUCCGUGCGGGAAUGUCUACAGUUAUCAACAUCUACAAGAGAUUGCGGAAACUGCAAAGAAGCUGAAGGUGAUUGUGAUCGCGGACGAGGUGUACGGUCACCUAGCAUUUGGGGAUAAUCCUUUUGUGCCAAUGGGAGUAUUUGGAUCAAUAGCCCCUGUGAUUACUCUUGGAUCCUUGUCAAAGAGAUGGUUGGUGCCUGGAUGGCGCCUUGGUUGGCUGGUCAUAAAUGAUCCUAAUGCUACCAUUAACACCCCCAAGUUUGUUGGGCGCAUUAAGAAGUACUGUGACAUUUGUGGUGGUCCAGCCACCUUUAUACAGGCAGCGGUUCCCCGAAUUAUUCAGCAAACUGAAGAAGUUUUCUUUAAGAAGACCAAUAACUUGUUAAAGUGGACAUCGGACAUGUGCUUUCAAAAGAUGAAGGAGAUUCCAAGUCUUAGAUGCACAUAUAAACCAGAGGGGUCAAUGGCUAUGAUGGCAAAGCUUAAUUUGUCCUCGCUAAGAGACAUAAGUGAUGAUAUUGACUUCUGCUUUAAAUUGGCCAAAGAGGAAUCUGUCAUCAUUCUUCCAGGAGUGGCUGUGGGUCUCAAGAACUGGGUUCGACUAACUUUUGCUGCAGAACCAUCUUCCCUUGAAGAAGCACUGAAAAGGAUAAAGUCUUUCUGUCAAAGGCAUUCAUAUGAAGAAAGUGCGCACUCUUAAUUGAACAUACUAUAGUUUUGUUAUACUACUAAUAAUAAUCCAUAAUACAUAUGAAUAUGUAAAACCAUAGGUAAUUCAUCGCCAUGUUGUGUACUCAAUACACUUGGAACUUGAAGUAAUUGUUGUAGAAAUUGAAAAACACUACAGUGUAAUACUACUGGGGAUUAUUUAUGAAUGCCAUUUAGGGGCUGUUUGGCAACUUCUGAAUAGGUAAGUGCUGAACCAGUAAGAGGUCUGAACCAUUAAGUGCUGAACCAGUAAGAGGUCUGAACCAUUAAGAGCUAGUAUAUUGCUUAACUAUUCAGAGGCAAAUGUCUGAUCAAUUCAGAUAAGAGGUCUUAACCAUUCAGACUCUGUAUAAUACUUAACCAUUCAGAGGCAAAUCUCUUAACCAUUCAGACAUCUGAACCAUUAAGAGGCUGAAACAAACAGUCUGAACCAUUAAGUGCUGAACCAUUCAGACAUCUGAACCAUUAAGAGGCUGAAACAAACAGCCUCUUACUCU